CUUCACUCUCCAUGAUUGCGGGAAGCGUACUCGAAAAUCAUCUUUCUUAAAAACACUCUGGAUAUCGACUUCCUCAUGCACAGCUGGAGAUCACUGCACCGGAUUCCUCAUCAUGGAGGAGCAGGCUGGCGAUGCAACAGCCGACGGCGUCUACACCAAGGCCAAAGCAUCGAAAUUUCACUUUAAAUCAGGCUCCAAACGUCGCUCCAAACGCCAUAACAGCGAGGAUAUUGCCGAGGAUGGGGAAAAGCCACCAUCAAAGCGCCAUCGAUCAGACGGGGAUGAGAAGGUUCGGAGCAGCCGUCGAGACUCAAAACGGAAGUACAAGCAGAAGCCCCGAAGCCCUCGCGACGACCGGCACCCUACGUCAACGCGGGAUGGCGCUUACUAUGACCCGGAAUAUCGCCAUCGCGAGUCAUUGUACGACGACGUCAAUGACGAGGGCGUAGCUUGCCCCGCAGGUCCUUCUGACGACGCCUUUCGCGAGUCUCUCUUCGAUGCACUUGCAGAUGACGAAGGCGCCGCCUACUGGGAAGGCGUCUAUGGACAGCCUGUGCACGUAUAUUCCGACACCAAGCCAGGGCCAGACGGGAAACUAGAGCGCAUGAAUGAAGAAGAGUAUGCCGACUAUGUGCGAACCAAGAUGUGGGAGAAGAGCCACCAGCAUAUUGUAGAAGAGAGGGAGGCAAAAGAGCGCGCGCGUCAGAGGCGGAAGCACGAGAGGAAACACGUCGACGAGGAUGUUGCGCGUGAGGAAGAAGAGCGGGAAACGAUACGUCAGCGUAUGGAAGAAAGCCUCAGGCGGGGUGAGGAGCGCAAGAGGGCCAGAGAAGCCGAGGCUGCGUGGGACAAUUACUUGAAGAGGUGGAAUGACCUGAAGAACGCCCAACACAUUGCACAAGAGGUGAAACCAAAGGUGCUCGAGCUUAUACCGUGGCCAGUUAUAUCCGGCAAGGCAAAGCACGUCUCAAAGGAGGACAUUGAGCGCUUUUUGAGGGGCUCAAGAGCCUGGAGAGAGGACGCCACUGCAAUGCUCAAGGUUGAACGUGUGCGGUGGCAUCCGGACAAGAUGCAGCAGCGCUUUGGACAACACAUCGAUGUCGAAACGAUGAAGUCAGUCACCGCAACCUUCCAGGUUGUGGAUCGUUUGUGGAAUGAGCGGCGAUGAUGCAAGCCAGUGGUGAGCAUACGCCACCCAUCGCAGCGCAUUGUGUUUUUUGACGAGCUAUCAAUUUCUUUUCUCGAGAUACCCCAUGAAUGAACGACAGAUUUGCUUAAAUCCAA